AUGGAUGCUCAAGGUCAAGGGGCGCAGGGAGGCAGCGUGGUCCGGGCGCUGCUGGACGAUGGCACCUUCAGGGUGCGGGCGGUGACGCGGAGCCCCAGGAAGGCGGCGGCGGAGGAGCUGAAGCGCAGGGGAGCCGAGGUGGUGAAGGCGGAUCAGGACGAUGAGCCGUCGCUGGAGCAGGCCUUGGCGGGUGCCUACGGAGCCUUCGUUGUCACCAACUUCUGGGAGCACUGCAGCAAAGAGAAGGAAAUCGAGCAGGUACCUGUGCUGGCAUUAACCGGGACCACUCGCGUGGCCACAGGAUAUGGUGUCUUUGGGGAGUGUUAA